AUGGCCAAAAUGGAAAGCGAAGAUACCAACUGGGUCAUCGAGGAACUUCCUUCGUUCGUUGCCAUCCAACAUAUCUUCCGUCUCCUUCGAGCAAUAAUCUCUAAUAUUCAAGUCGUGAUAUCUAGCUGGCAACACGCAAUCUACACCGUCAACCCUUCCAUGUCCCCCUCAAACUCAAACAAUACCCUUACCACUCCUUUGAACAAAGGCCACGAAGCUAUGGCCUAUUUAACCUACAUCAUUGAUAAUUACGCCUCCCUCCCUUCCAUAAUGGCCUUUAUACACCCACAUCGUUCCGGCUUCUUAUCAGCCUGGCAUACUGACACGCCUUUGCAUUCCAACGUGGAUGCCCUUACAACUCUUCAGAUAUCUUUUGUGGAGCAGAAUGGCUACGCGAACCUUCGUUGUAACUGGAACCCUGGAUGUCUGGCGAAGCAUACGGCAAAUGCACAUGUUACAAAAGAGGUAUGGCACGAUAUAUUCAGCGGUACAUCAACGGACAAGGGUGAAACUCACGAGGCUCCAUCACAUGUCGGCGCCGCUUGUUGCGCACAAUUUGUGGCCUCGCGUUCUCGGGUAAUGGAGCGGCCGUUGAGUGAUUACGAGCACUUCCGACAAUGGAUCAUUGACACGGAGAUGACAGAUGCAAAGAGUGGCCGGGUGUUUGAAUUCUUAUGGCAUGUCAUUUUCGGCAUGCAGCCUAUAUAG